AUGGAGCUCUCUCGGCAGGAGUACCCGGCGCUGCUGGCUACUCUGCAUCCCCAUCAAGCAACUACCAUCCUCAAUGAUCGCAUUCGAGUGAUCAACAAAAUCCAUACGGAUAUCGCGGACUUCCUCCAGGAACGACGUCGCUUGGAAGAGGUUUACGCCCAGAGCUUGCGAAAGCUGGCGCAUCGCCCCCAACUGGACAAUGGCGCUGCACUGGGUAUAUUCCAAAUCCCCUGGCAACGAAUUAUCAACGCCACCGAAACCCUAGCCGUCUCGCACGAGACCCUUGCGAACAAGAUUGAGGAGGACGUGGAACGGCCUCUCAGGGAGUACAGCAGCAAGAACCGCGACAUGCAUUCGAUGUCUGGAAUCCAGAGCAAUCUGGCUGGAUUGGCCAAGAAUGUCGAGACUGCGCAGAAGAAAGUGGACAAAGCCAAGGGCAAGGGUACGAAGGGCGCAGACAAGCUAGCCAAUGCGGUGGCUGAAGCAGAGGAGAUGAACCAGCAAUGGGACUCCCGCGCACCGUUUGUUUAUGAGCAGCUCCAGGCCGCUGAUGAGGGCCGACUCAACCAUCUUCGCGAUGUCCUCACACAACUUGAAACACAUGAGGUGGACCAAGUUGAGCGGGGUCGGCAAGCCGCGGAAAGUUGUCUAAAUGUUCUUCUUAACGUUGAGACCGCCGAUGAGAUCAAGACAUUCGCCGCCAAACACGCUGGGGAUCGGGUGCCUCUCUCGCCGGUCCCAUCGCGGAGACAACAACCCCAGGCGGAUGCUCCUCCUGUGGCCCCUACCACUCCGGCUGCAGUUUCGACACCUGUCGCUGAGCCACUUGAGCCUCCUCGCUUUCAGGAUGAUGCAUCCAGCCAGCGAUCGGAAUCUGUGCAAACUCCUGUCCCAAGAGCGGAGACCACCCCUGCUUUUCAAACACCACCAGCCCCCGAGGCAGUUCCCAGGAACACUCCUUUGGGUGGCUUGAGGCGACUCGGCACCGUGAUGAACCGUCGCAAAAGUGUGAUCGGACCAUCAGCUGGAAGUUAUGAAAAGAAGUCCGAGAAAAGUACCGAAGUCCAUUUGAGAAGCGAGUCCGCCAGGGAUAUGCAAAUCCCGGAAUCGCCGCCAACAACUUCAUCGGGUCGACCAGGAACAGCCUUGACCGAGGAAUCAGCACGGAAUCCCAGUGUUUCACAGGAUCGUACUGGGGUGGAAGCCGCUGUGCCUGCUCCAGUUUCCCAGCCAGAGCCAACCACUAUGAAUGGUACUUCGCCAGAGGCCCAAGCUGGACUAGUUAGCAAUGGCACUACUCAGGCCCACGUUGAUUCCGAAGGAUUCACUGAACGGCCGUCAACCGUCGACGAGAUAACGCGUGCGCAAAGAGAAGCAUCAGGAUUCGAGGAUUCUGGUAUGAACUUGACUAUUCGGGAUCAACCUAUCUUUGAGGAUGAAAAUCAGGCCCAGCAGGCAAUGGAUGACAUGGCGAACACCUUGCGCAUGCGAGCUCCGAUGAGACGGAACGCAGGCACUAUUCGGGGCCGUCGUGACGUACGAAACACGGUAUUCGUUCCGAACUCAAGCGCCGAAAUGACAGCAACUCAAGCCGCACCAGAAUUGUACGCUCCGUCCUCGCCAAUCAGACAUGCCCCGUCUCCUAGCAAUGCGACAGAGGAACAUGCUAUGUCAGACACCACGUCUAUUCGCUCAGGACACACAAUCCAGGGGGCCGCCCCUACUAUUCACCCUGAGCUCCAUGAGUCUGGUCUGAAUGCAUCCAUCAUUGAAACAGUCAGCGCAUGGUUCUCUGAAGGCAGCGUGACCAAAUCUAUGGUAGUUGGAGAACUGGCUUUGGCCCACAACCCAAUCCCAGGGACCACAGCAGACGCCCAGAAAAUCCGUCUGGAGAAUUUCCCAGUGUUGGAAAAGGUUGCCGCCAACCCGCACUUUGUUCACGGAGACACCGCGGAUGAGAAGCGCGGUGAAUACGACAUUCAGCUCGGCAGCAUUACUCGACCAAUCCCAACUGUCGCUUUCAAGUACCAGCUGCACUUGGAUCCUAAUAACCCAUCAGCAUACUGUCCAGUUAUCUUCAAGCCAGCCUGGAAUCUACAAGAGCUCCAAGCCAGCGCGAUUAUAUUCUAUUCCCUCAACCCUGCAUUCAUCUCGCCAUCUGCUGACCCUAUCGUCUUGAAAAACGUCGUGUUGACUGUCGGCCUGGACACCUCCACUGAGGAUGAGGUAACCAAACAGCCGCGCGAAUCGGUCGCCCAUGCGAGCAGCGCCGUCAUGCACCCGAACUCGGGCGCCAGCUUCCGCCGCAAGACUUCUUCGGUCACUUGGAGGAUUCCUGAGCUGGAGGUGAAGCCACCCGGCUCCGGCGAAGAGGGCAGGUUCCUUGUGCGCUUCUCCACCUCUACCCCGGGUCCUCGCAAGGGUAACGUCGAGGCAAAGUUCGAACUCCGCACCAAUGAGACCGGUGCUCGCCUAGGAAUCAGCCAAUCUGUCUCUGACAUGUCCACGAAAGAAGCCGAUCCAUUCUCCGAUGCCGCGCCUCAGAGCCCGGCCCCCUCUGCUACCUGGCAGGAACUCCCAACUGUCCGUAAGCUCGUCGGUGGAAAAUACGUCGCUGCUUGA